AAUGUGCGAUUAAGAACGGGCGGAAAUGCCACUAAAAUGUUAUCGAGCAAUUCUGAGAUUCAGUUUGGAACAGUUAAAGUUGCUACGCACUGCAGCGAGGCUUUUUCUAAUAUGAAAGUAGCUUCUCGCAUAUUUCGUCCAUCCCAGCUACAUGUGUAUAAUGGCCUCCGCGGAGAGCUGUGUAAAGUGCCGGAAGAAUUAAACGUCACACGUGCCCUUAAGAUGGCAUCUAAGAAACAAGGGUGCAGUGUUUGAAUACAUAGGUUCAUUGUGCUGCUCGUGCUUGGGUGUAAAAUGUGGAAAUAUGGUUUAUGUUUAUAUCUGCAUAGACGCUUCGGCAAAUGAACGGCGUACCUAAAUAUCGAGUGUUGCGCUGUUUCAUUUGUUAUUUUCGGUGUAAAACACUGAUAGCCAAUGGCUAAUGCAAGCUAUGGAGGUUAUGCUGGAUACUGGUUAACGGUAACACCCCUAAAUCAUCCUCGCGAUGGUUGUGGCACAAGCAGUGAUGAUCUAAGUAGUGACUGGGAAGCCGAAGAAACUCGUGAAGUUCAGAAGCCAUCUGCUUGGAAAAGAGUUAGGAACUUAGUUCGUUGUACUCCAUUCAUACAAACUUAUAAGAAACAAAAAUAUCCUUGGGUGCAACUAGCUGGACAUCAAGGUAAUUUUCGAGCUGGUCAUCAAGGAACAAUUCUGAAAAAAUAUAGUGCUACAGAAGUUGCUUGUUUAGAAGCUAUUAUGAAAGACAUUCUUCGACCAUUUGUUCCAGAAUAUCGAGGAAAAGUAGUUCAAGACGAUGAAACAUAUGUUGAGCUGGAUGACCUUCUAGCAAAUUUUGAAAAUCCCUGCAUCAUGGAUAUUAAAGUAGGUGUUCGAACUUAUUCGGAAGAAGAACUUGCAAGAGCGAAAGAAAAUCCUAAACUUCGUAAAGAUAUGUAUGAGAAAAUGGUACAAAUGGAUGAAAAUGAACCAACAGAAGAAGAACAUAGGCUGAAAGCUGUCACAAAGCCUAGGUAUAUGGUUUGGAGGGAGACUAUUAGCUCUACUGCAAAUCUAGGUUUUCGAAUUGAAGGCAUAAAGAAAUCUGAUGGAACUACAAGUAAAGACUUUAAAAGUACUAAAACCAAAGAACAAGUAAUGACUGCCAUACGAGAAUUCACAGAUGGCUUCCCUUUAGCUCUUAAUAGCUAUUACUUGCGUCUACAAUCCAUUUAUAACACCUUGGAGAAGUCUGAGUUUUUCUCAAAUCAUGAGCUGAUUGGAAGUUCUCUGCUAUUUGUUCACGACAAAAUGAAUGCAAAUAUAUGGAUGAUUGACUUUGCAAAAACAGUACCUGUUCCACCUCAUUUACACAUUACUCACCGUGAUCCAUGGAAAGUAGGAAACCAUGAAGAUGGGUAUUUAAUUGGAGUUCUGAAUUUAUUGAACAUAUUCAAAUCAUUAGUUGAAAAGUGCUCAUAAUGUGUUUAUAUAUAUUUUCAUUCUGUACAUGGAUCGUCACUGCAGAUUUUAUUCCUAAAUGAUAUUUGAAUAUGUUUUGCUUAGCUGAAUACGUGUAGUAAAUGUAUAAAUAUAUUUUCGUAUUGUAUAGUUAUUUUCCUUAACUUGUAAUAAAUAUUCUUCAUACAUA